ACCUCCAAUUGGCAUACAACUUGAAAGAGAAAAGGUACGGUGAAGAGGAACAACAUGGCGCAUGUAGCCGGUUUGCUCGCCUCGGCUGUUGUCUCAGCGGUGGGCAAUAAACUGGGUUCUGCCGUUGGGGAUGAGAUCACGAUGCUGUGGAACUUCAAGGACGACCUCAAGGACUUGAAGGACACAUUGCAGUACAUGGAGGCGGCGCUCAAGGAUGCUGAGAGGCGGUCUGUCUCGGAGGAGUUGGUGCGGCUGUGGCUCAACCAGCUCAAGAACGCUGCCUACGACAUCUCUUACAUGCUCGAUGAGUUCCAAGCUAACAGUGAACCAGCCUCCAGAAAGAUGAUUGGGAAGUUGGACUGUUUUGCUAUUGCACCCAAUAUUACCAUGGCUUAUAAGAUGAAGAAGAUGAGAGGUCAGCUGAGGAAGAUCAAAGAGGACCACGAGAGUUUCAAAUUCACACAUGAUAACUCCAGCCUAAUUAGUGUGCGCCAGUUUCCUGAUCCACGGGAAACAACAUCAUAUGUGAUUGAAUCACUCAUCAUAGGGAGAGAAAAAGACAGGAUGAAUGUUCUUUCUUUGUUAUCCACAAGCAGCAACAAAGAAGAUAUCACAAUUCUUCCUAUCUGCGGGCUUGGAGGCAUAGGAAAGACAACAUUGGCACAAAUGGUCUUCAAUGAUGCUCAGUUCAAAGAGUAUGAUCAUCGGGUAUGGGUCUAUGUAUCCCAAGUGUUUGACAUGAAAAAAAUAGGGAACUCCAUAAUUUCUCAAGUAGAAAAGGGAAGCCAGAAUCUAGAUACAAGGCAGUUAAUAAAUCAACAUCUUAAACAUUUACUUCAAGAUAAGAAGACACUAAUUGUUUUAGAUGACCUAUGGGAGACAGAUUCCUCCCAACUGAAUCAACUCAAGCUUAUGUUGAAUGGAAGCUCCAAGAUGAGGGUCUUAGUCACAACAUGCAGCAUAGAAAUUGCAAGAAAAAUUUGUACUGUUGAACCAUACAUGUUAGAUCUCUUGGACAAUGACAUGUGCUGGAGAAUAAUCAAGCAAAAUAGUGGCUCUGAAUCUAGAGCUGAUAAAGCGGAAGUUGAACCAAUUGGACAGGCGAUUGCAAAGAAAUGUGGAGGUUUGCCAUUAGCAGCUCAAGCACUUGGAUUCUUGCUAUCUGGAAUGAAUCUUAGUGACUGGGAAGCAAUGUGCAAUAGUGAUAUUUGGGAUGAACCAUUUUCUGAUAGUACAGUGUUACCGUCCUUGAAGUUAAGUUACAAUACUCUUACACCAUAUCUGAGGUUAUGCUUUGCCUAUUGUGGUAUCUUCCAUAAAGGUCACAAUAUAAGUAAAGAUGACCUUAUCUAUCAAUGGAUCGCUCUUGGUUUCAUCGAGCCAUCUAAUACCUUUUCAGCCAUACAACUUGGCGAGAAGUAUGUUAGGCAAUUCCUGGGGAUGUCUUUCCUUCAGCAUUCAAAACUGCCCAAGUCAUUUGCAAAAACAAUCUUCACCAUGCACGAUCUGGUGCAUGAUCUUGCAAGAUCGGUCAUUGCUGAAGAGUUGGCUGUCUUUGAUGCUGAAAUAGCGAGCAAUGCUAGAAGAAAAGAAUACUGCCGCUAUGCAUCUCUUACAAAUUGCAAUAUUUCAGAUUACAUCAAGGCAAGGAAGAUGUCAACUAUUUUCCCACCUAAGUUAAGGGCGAUGCAUUUUUCGGAUUGUGAAUUCCAUGGUGGUGCAUUUUCAUUUCCAAAGUGCUUGCAUGUCUUGGAUCUAUUUGGAUGCUCCAUCAAAGAGUUUCCAAGCGCUCUAGGGCAACUGAAGCAAUUGGAGUUUCUUAUAGCUCCGGAGCUGCAAGAUCGACAGUUUCCCCAGAGUAUAACUCGGCUCUCAAAAUUACAUUACCUGAACCUCAAUGGAUCACGUGAAAUUUCAGAAAUACCAAGCUCGCUUGGCAAACUUGGGAGUCUAGCACAUCUUGACUUAUCUAAUUGUACCAGUAUCGAAGUCAUACCAGAGACUCUUGGAAGCCUCAGAAACCUUCAGACACUGGACCUCAAAGGGUGUGAAAAACUAAAGUGCCUUCCAGAGAACCUUGGAAGCCUCAAAAACCUUCAAACACUCAACCUCUCAGGCUGCGAUAGACUAAAGUCCCUUCCAGAGAGCCUUGGAAGCCUUGAAAACCUUCAAAAACUAGACCUCUCAGUGUGCUAUAGACUAGGGUCCUCUGGACGAGAUCCCCUUCCAGAGAGUCUUGGAAACCUCAAAAACCUUCAAACUCUGGACCUUUCAGCAUGUUAUUCCCUAAGGUCCCUACCAAAGAGCCUUGGAAGCCUAAAAAACCUUCAAAAACUGAACCUCACAAGGUGUGAAAGACUAGAGUCCAUUCCAGAGAGCCUUGGAAGCCUAAAAAACCUUCAAACGCUCAACAUCUUUCAUUGCCAGAAACUGGAGUCCCUUCCAGAGAGCCUUGGAAGCCUCAAAAACCUUCAAACACUAGACCUCUCACGUUGCUAUGAACUAAAAUCCCUUCCGGAGAGCCUUGGAGGCCUCAAAAACCUUCAAACACUCAACCUCUUUCGGUGCGCGGAACUAGAGUACCUUCCAGAGAGCGUUGGAAGCCUCGAAAACCUUCAAACACUCGACCUCUCAAACUGCUGGAAACUAGGGUCCCUUCCAGAGAACCUUGAAAGCCUCAAAAACCUUCAAACACUCAACCUCUCAUCCUGCUAUAAACUUAAGUCCCUUCCGGAGAGCCUUGAAAACCUGACUAUAAUCCUGAGAGAUCUUAGAUGAGGUUAAGGUUAUGGAUACGAGAGCAUCGUCAAGUAAUGGCCACAGCGUAUACAACAACUCACCAGUCCCCUGGUGUUACAUAAAUGCAGACAGCGGUGAACUGAGGGUGUUGUGUGAACCAGACUUGCCCGCAUCAAAAACAUUGGAACUACAGAAGCACAUGCACUCCGUGAUCAAUCAGCUGCAGUGGUGGAUUAUGCCUUCUCCAGGAAAGCAAAAAAGCUUCACGGAGCCGUCCAAAGAUGAGGGAACAGCAGAAGCACACACGCGCCGUGAUCGUCAGCUGAAACGACGGAGUGCGGCUUCUCUAGAAAAGCAAGGAAUCUUCACAGAGCCAUCCAAAGAUGAGGUCUAGCUCGCGCAUGGUGACCUGGGUUCUUUAUAGUACUCUUAUAUGUUCUGCUGUGAGCACUCAAAACUGAAGGAACGCUCACCAGUUUCCAUCAAGCUGUAAGAUCAACAACGAAAGAAUAAAAUUCUAGAAGAGACAGAUGCAGAUACUUGAACUCUUCCAGUAAUACUUGAGGGGAAAAUAUAUAAUGGCCAUUCCGGUCUUGUCUUGCCAGAAAAUAUAUGUUGAAGGUGCAAGAAAUCCAGAAGGGGUGGAUGCUAAAAUAGUAUGAGUGAUCUUCAAGCAAAGCACAAGUUCAGUGUACAGUCCGGUAGCUCUAUUUAUGAUUGGCGUUAAGAUUGAUGAUAAUUUAGCAUGCCUCU